AUGACAGUCACAAGCAAGCAAAACUUCAAGGAGGUGGUAGAUUCAGCUUUAAGGGCAGAGCAGUUGGUUAGAGAAGGCAACAGAGUUCGAGAGAACAUUGCUAAGAAAAGAAGCAUGGAGAUGGGCCACCCUUCCAAGAAGAGCAGGAGUGAUGGUUCCUGUAGGGGCACUCCUGCUUCAGGCCCUGCUAGACCUCCACCAUCUCAGAGCGGUGACCAACAGAGAUUCUCACAUUCUGACAGUGCUCUUAGUGUCAAAGGUCCAGAAACAAGUUUCAAGUGUUGGAACUGUGGGAAGUCCCACAAAGGGCAGUGUCAGACGCCUCUCAAAUGCUUCCAAUGUGGUCAGACUGGACACUUGAGAUCAGCAUGUCCAGAGCUAAGACGGGGUGGAUCUGCACCGUCAUCUCAUGGCCGUCCUAAUCACUCCAAGGAUCCACAGCCAGUAAUAUCUACUCCAGCUACUACCAAGUCGGGAGCUGCCAGCAACACAUCACAGCCAGGUCCCCAGCGACCACAGACUAGAGCCCAGACACAAGUUUUUGCCAUGACAGAAGAAGAGGUUGAGUGUAGGCCUAAUGUGAUCACAGGCAGACUUGAUUCCUUUGGGAUCAAGGAUUUUGAUUCCAUCCUUGGUAUGGAUGGGAUGGAUAGGCAUCAUGCUUCCAUUAAUUGUUUCAAGAAGGAAGUGACUUUUCCUGGGUCCUCAGGACCUACAGUGGUGUUAAAGGGUGAGAUAAGAACUUUUUCUUCAUGUUUGAUUACAUUCUUGGAUGCUAGAAGGCUAGUGAGUAAGAAUUGCCUUGUGUUUUUGGCUCAUGUGGUGGACACAAGAGUUAAGGAGCCAACUUUAGAAGAGAUGCCAAUGGUGAUGGAUUUUCCAGAUGCUUUCCCUGAAGAACUACUAGGUUUACCACAAGACAGAGAGAUAGAGUUUGCUAUAGACUUACUACCUGGUACGGCUCCUAUUUCUAUACCUUCCUACAGGAUGGCGCCAGCAGAGCUAAGAGAGUGGAAGACACAGUUGCAAUAUCUGGUAGACAAAGGUUUUAUACGACCAAGUGUAUCACCUUGGGGUGCACCAGUUCUCUUUGUAAAGAAGAAGGAUGGAACUUUGAGGUUAUGCAUUGACUACCGAUGA